AUGGCGCUGGCCGAUGAGCUUACUAGACACCAGGGUGGUGAUAUACUGAUUUACUGCGAGUUUAAACGAGCAUUGUCAUUGUUAAACACUUCAAUAAUAAGUGACAGACUCACCAACAAAUUUCAGAGUAAUGUUUCUAUAAUCGUGGAGGAGAAUUUGAUAACAAUUCGAGAAAAAGGAAAAGUACUUUGUUGUGACUUUGAUGAGGCUAAGUUGUCUCCCCUGACAUGUCGUGGUCUCAAAUACUUCCCUGACGGUGAACUACAGUUUACAAUCUAUGUGGACAGUGAAGUGAACCAGGAGAUGUACCACAUGGACACAAAUCACUCCAAACAGUCGGACUUUGUUGAAAAGAUCCAGUUGUACCAGGACAAGUGUUACUGUGCCAAGUGCGGGCAGAAAAUCUUCGCUGAUCAUUGUAUCUUUACGAGAGUGUUGGCCCUGCCUUCUGAGAACUGGGCAGACUACAGUGACAUGUGGUUCUGUCACAAACAUGAAGAGAAUGAUGAGAAAUCAAAAAUGCCCAAACUCCUACUGCCUAAAGAGAAACAGUGUCUUGUAGGUGACACCUAUUUACUGGUACAGGGGCGACACCUCAAGCCUGGUCACACACGCACCACUGCUGAUGUCCUUCUAUGUCAGCGCUGUGGUCAUCAGCUCGGGGUCAAAAUCCAUGAAGGAUCAGCACAGGGAGAUGUAGGGUUUUCCCGGACAUACCCUGUGUAUAAAGUUUUUCGACACAGCGUACUGUUUCACAGACUAGAAGAAACCAUCGACAAAGGUCCCAAGUUUGAGGUGAUGACGGAGGAUUACUUUGCUAACCUGAUUGUAGAGCAGAGCCAUUUAUACACAAGUUUCCGACUGGUCAUUGAGGCAACCAAGGGAGAGCACUCUGUUACAUGUCUGGUCUGGUUGAUUGAUCCAUGUCUGAUGGUGUAUAUAGACAGAUGUUCGUUAGAUGAGUCACACAUUCAGCUCAGACCAACAAAGGUGCUAAAGAUGUUGUACAAGUGUCAGAUACAACCUGGAGGUUGUCCACCAAGUCCUGAUCAUACAUUUUCAUCUUGGAAAACAGACCAAGCUGUCCACAUUAUCCAGCUUCCAUAUCCAAUGUGUGUCCAGCUUGUGUCUCUCUUGGUACAGAGUUCCAAAUGUGUACCUCGCUCUCAGAGAUUCCUCAACAAAUUCUUUGUUGGUUUCCUGAGGUAUGCCGAUAAAGGGGGAUAACUCUUCAGCAGACAGAGGCAAAACUCUGCAAAUCAACCACAGAUAUUAUAUGACCUAAAUGUACUGCCUUGACAUUUUAUUUCAUUUCCUGAUCCUAAAUACAAAUGUAUCAUGAAGUUCUUUUUCUUAUUUUUUACUCCAUUUUCA